AUGGCUCCUGAACCACAUGCAUCCUCCAGCCCAGCGCAGUCCUCGGGCAACUUGAUCCCCUUCCUUGGCAACAGAUCGCGCAGAGCAUCUCUCGCCUCCAUCACAUCGCGAAAUGGAGCGGCGGUGGACAAAGACAUACUCGCCCAAGCGCUGGACGACAUUCACACAUGCGCCUCGAAGAGCCAUAAGUUGACCUCCUUCCACGACUUCGAUGGCGAGAACAGCCGAGGCCCGAAAGAGCUUGUGAGUAGUGGCGUCGGCAGACUGUACAACCGCUUCAUGCAGAGUGUGAGUGGAGGAGCGGCACCAACUGCGAAAGAUGCCCAGGGCAGACCCAAGAGCAGCGAGUCGAGGGAUUCUUUGGAGACCUCAAGACACUCGCUAGAGUCUACCCCGUUUCACUCCAAUACAUCGCCAAGUGCAUCCCGUAGCGCCCUCGCUGUACCAGUCACGAAGCCGACACCAGACGCUGCUUCGGUGGCUACGCUGAGCGUGCCUGCCUCGCCGGUCGUCAACAGCUUCUCGGGCGCCGAAGCCCAAGCAGAAGGCAAGAACAAAGCACCCAAACUGCACACAGCAGAUGGACAGCCCAUCCCUUCGCUCGGCCCGGACGUGGCACAGAAGAGGCCCUCGAAUGAUCAAGUCACUGCGAAGCACGCGAAAGUCGCGUCGGAUGCUCCAACCAAGGAAGAUCUCGACAAAGCGCGAAGUGCAUGGGUAGACGGAGACCGCAGUGAGACAGCCACAGAUGCCCUGGCCCGAGUCUUGUCGCACCACGAAGUCUCCAUCCUCGACCAGCCAAAGCCAUCGUCGAGGCCCGUCCGCGCCCCGCAGCUCGAGAUCGAUACCGCCAUCGAUGACUCGGACUAUGCCGAAGGCCCGGAAGAUUCUCUGCGCGUGCCGCAAUCAUCAAAGACCGCUGCUAGCACCCGCCCAAAUGGCCCAGAGGACGGCAAGAGCGCCCAGCAGCUUGAGCCACAACGGCCGCCAAUGGUAAGAGUCGGUCCGUCGCAUUUGCCCGGGUUUCAAGCUUCAAGGGCCUCGUCUACCACCAACAGUGGCGACGCCGUAUCACUCUCGAGCUCAAGGACGGCGUCUCGAAGGCCAACGCUGGACCCGUCUCCCAACUGGAACUCGGCCUUGCAGAGAAGCAGAUCAAGCCUCAAGCCGUUACCAGGGAGGACAUCGACGAAGGGUGUGGCUGACCACUACAAAAGGCGCGUGCUCAGCCAAGAGUUUUGGAUGAAGGAUGCGAACGCCAAAGUGUGCUUUAAUUGUGGCCAAAGCUUUUCAACCUUCCGGCGCAAACAUCACUGCCGCACCUGUGGACAGAUCUUUGAUGAUAGAUGUACGACUCUUGUGAAUGGUCGGCAGUUUGGACAGCCCAACGCCGUCCGUCUGUGCAAGCCUUGCGAGGGCAUCAUUCUUGGCGACAGUGACGAUGAUUCUACAGUGUUCUCGGAAGAUGGCGAUGACUACAUGAGAAGUCCACUCAACCAAACACUGGACGAGACCGAUGAAGACCUUUCGAAGCACAUUGAUGGUCCUGGCUUUAGUAGAACAGACACCGAGGUCACAACUCCCUCCAUUGGGAUACCAGUCUCGCGCAGAAAUCGUGAAGCAAAGAGUCGGAAUGCCGUGAUCGAAUUCGACAUGAAACCUCACCCUGCUCUCGCCCGUCCCAGUUCCUCUCACUCGCUUAUUUCCCUGAGCCGGCGCCCAAGAUCUUCCAGCCAUCGGCGUCGUCACUCUCGACACCAACCGGGCCGCGGUAUGCGCUCGAGCUUAGACGAGCGUGGUCCAUUCCACUGCGACGGCGAUCCCGAUAAGAAGUCAUCUCUGCCAACCUUUCACAACGAUAACAUUAUCGAUCCGGACCUGGCUGCGUUCCUAUCUGACGAAGGUUCAGACGACGACGAUCAGCCAAACAUCAUGUCUGUCGUUGAAGGUCACGGUGCUUCGCCUGGCGAUCGAGAAAAGCUAGGCUUCAGCAGCCUCUUCACUUCCGCUUUGCGGAAAGGGCGUUCCAAGACUGGUGACAAAGGGACAGCGGCUUCGAGCACGCGUGCGUACAAAGAAGAUGAGGUCUCUGGAUUGGCAUCUCGGCACCUGCCAAGAAGGUUGACCAGGAACCGGAACCUGAGUAAUGGCUCUAUACAGUACGAUCGGCCAUCGACUCGUCGAAGCAAGAGCAAUCUGCUACUGAACACUAUCGAGUCGGCAUCAUUCGAUCAGAUCCCUGCAUCACCAGUCGCCGUGCCAGAACAGUCCCACGCAAAGGUAGUGUGUAGCUCGGCACUGUACGCGGUGCACAGCAAAGCACGAGAUGACAUCGAGCUCUAUCCUGCCAGCUACGAACAUGUCAAGAAGUUGCUUGGACAGCAGCUUCGAGACGCAAAGAUCGCGAACCCUGCAACUUGGCAGAAAGCCUUGAUGCCCGUUCUGAUGCAAUGUACUGAUGAUGUGGAGCCUGAUGUCCAGCGAGGCGAUGAUAUGGACAUUCGACACUACAUCAAACUCAAGAAGAUACCAGGUGGCAGACCUGGCGACACUAGCUAUGUCUCGGGUGUGGUGUUCAGCAAGAACGUUGCCCUGAAGACAAUGUCACGCUCCAUCAGUAACCCAAGGAUCUGCAUUGUCACGUUCUCGAUUGAGUAUGCGAGACAUGAGGCGCAUUUUAUGAGUCUUGAGCCGGUGAUUGCGCAAGAGCAGGAGUACCUUGAGAACCUGGUCAGCCGUAUCGCUGCUUUGCGGCCCACUGUGCUUCUCGUGCAGAAGCAUGUUUCCGGUUCGGCUUUGCGAUUACUCGAAAAGGCUGGCAUCACAGUCGCUUACAAUAUCAAAGAGUCCGUGUUAGCAGCUGUUGCGCGGAUGACGGAAACCACAUUGAUCAAGUCCAUCGAUAAGCUCGGCAUCGAUCCAUCGCAUCUGGGCUUCUGCGAGAGCUUCGAUGUCAAGACCUAUCUGUCCGACGGCUUGCGCAAGACCUAUAUCUACCUUUCUGGCUGCGAGCCCGACCUUGGCUGCACCAUUGUGCUUCGUGGAGCUGAUACCAGGACUCUUCGGUCCAUCAAGCGGAUCGCAGAGUUCAUGUGCUAUGUGGCUUACAAUCUUAAACUAGAGAACUAUCUCAUGCGGGAUGAGUUCGUUUCGAUUCCCCACACGGCCGCAGGUCAGAUGUACGCACACGGCGACCCUGCCACCGGUGAGAGAGAUCCUCGCACUGUCACGCUCGAAGAGACCCAAAAGUCCAUACGCGAGACACUUGGCCAUGAUAUGUCUGACAUCAACUUCAAGUAUGCAGCAGUGGAGAAGGACUUUCGGAACAGGAUUCUCUCUGCAUCGCCGUUCGUGGUCUUCAUGCUGCCGCAUAUCCUCACACAACUUCGUGAUCUCGAGCAGAGACUUGCUACUUACAAAUUGCUACGAGAUGAGUACGCCGCGGCAGACAAAGAGGGUGAUGAAGAAGAAGAUUCGGAGGCCGGGAUUAUUGAGAACUUCAAGCUUGUCGAGCCUGCCAUGGUCAACGCUCCACCUUCCAAGGAUUUACCCAAGGCAGUUCGUGAGUACUUACACGCUGUGCACGAAGACCAGUUCGAGAAAGCUCAGCAUACAUACGAGACUCAGGAAAGACAGUGGGAGUCUUUCGUGGGAGGUAAGAUGAACCCAUUCGAUCCAUUCUCCCAUCAAAAGAUCAUGGUGCUGUAUUCGACAGUCUCCAGUGUCACUUCAGCGCCGUGCACGGGUCCGGAACUUCUUGGCAUCGGGUUCUAUGCUGGAUACAAUCGAGUAGAGAGCAACCACGACGAGGAUAUGCCAUUUGGUCAAUACAUCGAAGACCUUUGCGCUGGCGCCAAAGAUGCUUGUAGAGAUUGUAACAAGAAGAUGUACGAUCACCACCGCCAGUAUGUCCACGGCUACGGACAGCUUUCUGUGUCUAUCAACCGGCAGACGGCCAAGUUGCGUGGCUAUGCCAACACGAUACUUAUGUGGUCCACCUGCAGGAUCUGCCGGCAUGAAACAACCGUGACACCAAUGUCGGACCACACCUGGAAGUACUCUUUCGCGAAGUACUUGGAAUUGAGCUUCUGGAGUAGUCCACUCCAUCCUCGCGGCGGUGGCUGCAAGCACGACAUUCAUCGAGACUUCCUGCGCUGCUUCGGCUAUCAGGACAAGGUCGUCAGGUUUCAGUAUGACGCGAUCGAUAUCUAUGAUGUUGUGGUACCGCGCGGUAGAGUCACGUGGAAGGUCGAAGCUGAUCUGGCAGUCAAGAAUGAGCAGUACAGGCAUUUCGAACGACGCAUGGAAGCUUUCACAGACUCGUUGCGCAAUCGGCUCAAUAUGAUCACCAUUGAUGGCGCGAUCGACGACGGCUUGGUGGCGGAGGCUCGUGAAGCUCUGCAAGAGCUGAAGCAGAAAGCGGAAGAUGAUCGCGAGGAGCUGGUGGCCAAGCUGCAGCGAAAGUAUGCCACUUCGAGAUACUUCGAGUUGAUUCCACUCAAUCGUGCCCUUCGCUUCAUGGAUGAGAAGGCUAUUGAGUGGGAUGACGAGUUUGCGAAGUUCGAGGACAAGUACUUCCCAUCCGAGACCGACAUCCGCAAGAUUGUCGGACGGCAGAUCAAGGAAAUGUUCAACGAGAUGCAGCACCCAUCGGCAGCCGGUAGCAUUGCUGGCGAUGUUAGUGACACAGAAGAUGGCAAUGAAAAAGCCCCAAGUCGGAAACCUGGUAUGCCAUCGAGGCGUCCUACGGUGGAUGAGAUUUUGCCAGAGAAGGCGCACGAUGUGUUGUCUUCGGCUGUUGAGGAUCAUAAGGCUGAGAAUGAUGAUACAGAUACUUUGAGGCCUGUCAAGAGUGCUGAGGAGGAUGGAGCGCUGGGGAGUGAGCUUAUCCGUGUGACUACGCCGAGGAGGGAGCUGGAGGAAGCGGUUGAUCGAGAGGAUGUGAAGCAUCUUGAUCUUGCUGUGCCGUCACGAUCACCUGGUGACACGACCACGGAGGAGGUUCCAGGUACUGAAGACGUGGGGUCGCCAGAGAGUGCCGUGUCUGCUAUGUCCAACUCGGCCAACGAUGAGCCGUUUGCGAUUCAGCCGAAGCCGCUGAGCUCUGGUCUCCUGGAGCGCAUAGAACAGAUCAGGAGUUCCCGUGCCGCGGCCGGGGAGCAAGCUGAAAUGGUGGAGUCGAGGAUACCACGACUGGCGGAUCUCAAGAAAAGGGAUGCGAGUCCACGGCCUGUGCCACCUCCACUACUACGAGCACAGUCGCAGCCUGGUCAUCCUGGGCAUGUUGCACGUCUGUCAGACCACAGCAUUGAUGCUGUAGCAGUGAUGUAUGCCGGCAACACGCAAGCAGUGGAUCGCCCGCACGUCGAUUACGUGGCUACUGAGCGGAUGGGCGUCAGCCGCCUUGCGAACAGAGUCAGCAAGGUAGCACCGUCGCUCAUCCCCAGGUCAAUACCUGCCAAGAGUGACGAGAGCACAGUCUCAUCGACUGUGUCAGCGCUGGCCAAGCACUUUGAGCAAUUGUCUCGUGAGUUUGAAAAAAAACGCCAAGAGGACAGAAGACAGCGUGCGACCAGGAGUCGACAAGCACGAGCUAACCCGUUAGCGAGCAGUCGGCCUGUGGUCGAGGUCUACCAGAACGCGACGGAUGCUGUGGGCGAGAGGAUUUCGUCGCAGGCGCAUAGAGAACUGGAGAAUGAUCGCCUGGCCAGGCAGCAGAUGGACGAGUUUGUGACUGAUGCUCAACCGGAAGACAAUCCGUUGUCCGAUACUGAUGGCAAGUCUGUGGAGUCGGCCAAGUCUGUUCCAGAUAACAGCUCUCAGGGCCCGGCGUUGACGAUCGAUACUGAUGCCGACGAUGAGCAGACCGAUUCGGAGCAAGCGACAACAGCGCGGUCGAGGGAUGUCUCGGAUCCUACUUCGUCUAUCACCUCGCCUACGACCACGGCGCCGGAUCUUUCUGAACUUGUUCCUGAGCUUACGAUCCCGGAGCAUCGGAAGAAUGUGUGGUUCAAGUACCUCACCGAGUUCUGGUCCAAGCGUUCCGCUUCCGGCUGGGGAAACCUGGAGUACCCACUGCAUUCCAACGAGCAUGUAUUCGAGGACUCGGACAUCAUCGUUCGCGAAGAUGAGCCUUCAUCCGUCAUCGCAUUGUCUCUUGCAUGUGCAGACUACAACGCGAAGUUGAAGGAGUUCCGCAACCACCCAAGCAAAGCCCCUCUGGCGAAGCAUGGCCACGCUCACACUCUUUCACAGAACAGCGCUCUCAACCCAGCAGAAGAGCGCACGGAAGAAAUUGAGGCGUCCUUGCUUAGUGAUACGGGCACGCAUCUCAAGUACUCCUUCAACCACGGUCCUGUCAAAGCUCACUGCAAGAUCUUCUACGCCGAGUCGUUUGAUGCACUUCGCCGGAAAUGUGGCGUUGCGGACCGGUUCAUGGAGUCCAUGUCCCGCUGCCUCAAGUUCGACUCGAAAGGUGGCAAGACGAAAUCUCUUUUUCUACGUACGCUGGACAGCCGCUUCAUCAUCAAGAGUUUGCAGGAAGUCGAACUGAAGGCUUUCACCAAGUUUGCUCCUGAUUACUUCAACUUCAUGUCCUACACCCUCUUCCACGGCGUGCCUAGCGUUAUUGCGAAGAUGUUUGGGUUGUUUCAGGUCAACCUCCGGAAUCCUGCAACGGGUGUGGAUUUUUCGUAUUACUUGUUGGUUAUGGAGAAUUUGUUCUACGAACGGAAUCCUAAUCGGAGGUUUGAUUUGAAGGGGAGUAUGAGGAAUCGCAAGAUUGAGAGUACGGGUCAGCAGGAUGAAGUGCUUCUGGAUGAGAAUCUCGUAGAGACAAUCUUUGAGUCUCCCCUCUUUGUCCGCGAACACAGCCGCAAACUACUCCAAGCCUCCGUCUUCAACGACACCCUCUGGCUCUGCAAGCAGAACGUCAUGGACUACAGCCUCAUGGCCGGCUUCGACGAUGCCCACAAAGAGCUCGUCGUGGGCAUCAUCGACUGUAUAAGAACGUAUACGUGGGAUAAGAAGUUGGAGAGUUGGAUUAAAGAUCGGGGAAAGAAUAAGCCGACGAUUACGAGUCCGAAGGAUUAUAGGAAUCGGUUUAGGGUUAGUAUGAUGCAGUAUGUGCUGCAGGCGCCGAAUUGUUGGUAUGAGUUUUUGGUGCAGAUGAAGGGGCCGAAGGUGCUGAAGGAGGGGGAGGGGACUGGGGUUGAGGAGGGGACGGGAGAGGAUGGGGGGAGGGGGUAA